AUGUUGAAUGUGUCGACCAAAGAUUUGAUGAUGGAUCAUCAAGACAAGAGGAAACAUAGUUAUGCUUCCUCCAUCUCUUCCUCUUCUUUUAAUGACGAUAUCGAGACUACACCACAACCAAUCAGCCGUCGUCGUGACAGUCUCAUCGAACAAUUCCGUGAUUUUCUCAGCCGUUCCGUCGAUUUCACCUUCAAAAUCGACAAUCCAUUUGAGAAAGAGAUGUACUAA